AUGAUUCUAAAACCCCCAAAGCAAGACCCUUCAAUCCUCCCUCUCGUCCCGCAUCUCCCCCAAAAUGAACCAGAAACUGAACCUAAAGUAAUAGCUCUCGGUAGAGACUGGAGCUUUGAGAAAUCUAAACAGACCCCAUUGGGGUUGUUGGCCCCUGAUGGUCUUGACGAUGCCGAUGAUGUCUUUGACGACGUCGAGAAUGUCCUUGACGAGAGUCAAGAACUCCAGGACGUUCUUGAGGACGGGAACGGCGCCGGCGACGAAGCCGGGCAUGGCCGCAGCGACGGAUUUGACGAUGGCGAGCAUGGCGGAUUCCAAUGGAAUCUGGCGGCUGGGAACGACGACGAUGCAAUGAGGUUGAUGAAUGAGUUCGAAAGCUUGAAACGACGUUUUGACAUUGACACGGACACUGAGGUUCUGCCACUGGCUAUGAACCUAGAAACCAGUGACUACUAUGAUACAAAUGACGGUGAAGUCAUCUUGCAAAGCGAGGACUUGGAGGAACUGUUUCAUCCUAUUAUUGAAAACGUGACAGGACUCAUCAGCAAACAAGCCGUCAGAACUAAGGCUGAAAAUAAGUUCCCAAUCUCUAUAAGUCAAGCCAGUUUAGGCCGGUUAAAAGUAGCUAAAGUGACUUUCUAA